CUAACUCGUUUGCUCGACUGUCUACGAAACUGAUGUUCCUAGCUCCUAGAUCGUUUACGAAUCUACAUUAAACCGACAGGAAGAUGUGGGGUGUCCUGGAUUAACCUCUGCUCAUUUCUCAAAUUAUUAACAAGCAGACUUGUUUGAAGUCCCAGUUUGACACACUCCGAAGCACAGUUUAAUAUGCUGAGAUUUCGGUCAACAUUACAGAGUCACGGCUGGAUUGCUGCGAAAAAGUUACCAGCUGUGUUGAAUGCCUCUUCUGGUUGCCUGUCCAAUUGGUGGGUUCACCAUGUGCCACUUGACCCUGAAUGGAAAGCUGGUGCUACAAAGGAACUAAAAGGAAAAGAUCCAGAAGAAACUCUUAUGUGGAGAACUCCUGAGGGUAUAAAUAUCAAACCUGUGUACACAAGAGAAGAUACUGAACAUAUCAAAGAUGAAAUUCCUGGCAAAUAUCCUUAUACACGUGGACCUUACACAACUAUGUAUACCUAUAGACCUUGGACCAUUCGUCAGUACGCUGGUUUUAGUACAGUUGAAGAAAGUAACAAGUUUUACAGAUCAAACAUUGCAGCUGGACAACAAGGAUUAAGUGUUGCAUUUGAUCUACCAACACACAGAGGUUAUGAUUCUGAUAAUCCUCGUGUGACUGGAGAUGUUGGAAUGGCUGGUGUUGCUAUUGAUUCUGUGGAAGAUACCAAACUUCUCUUUGAUGGCAUUCCUUUGGAAAAGAUCAGUACAUCAAUGACAAUGAAUGGUGCUGUGCUGCCUAUUAUGGCUAUGUAUGUUGUUGCAGCUGAAGAGCAGGGUGGAAAACAGACUAAUCUGGCUGGAACAAUACAAAAUGAUAUUUUGAAAGAGUUUAUGGUGCGAAAUACUUACAUUUUCCCUCCAGAACCCUCAAUGAAAAUAAUAGGUGAUAUUUUUGAAUAUACAUCGAAGUUCAUGCCACGGUUUAAUUCAAUUUCCAUUUCGGGAUAUCACAUCCAAGAAGCUGGUGCUGAUGCUGUGCUUGAAUUGGCAUUUACUAUAGCUGACGGGUUGGAAUAUAUCAGAACAGGUAUCAGUCGAGGUCUUGAUAUUGAUAAAUUUGCCCCACGUCUCUCAUUUUUCUGGGGAAUUGGCAUGAAUUUCUAUAUGGAGAUUGCUAAACUUCGUGCUGGGAGGCGUUUAUGGGCUCACCUAUUGGAAAAGUUUAAUCCUACCAAUCCAAAAUCCAAAUUAUUACGUUGUCAUUGUCAAACUUCUGGUUGGUCUUUGACUGAGCAGGAUCCUCACAAUAAUAUUAUCAGAACAGCCAUUGAGGCCAUGGCAGCAUUAUUUGGAGGAACACAGUCACUUCACACAAAUUCUUUUGAUGAAGCCCUAGGUUUACCAACCGUUUUUAGUGCACGUGUAGCAAGAAAUACUCAAAUCAUUCUGCAAGAAGAAUCUGGAAUACCUAAGGUUGCUGACCCCUGGGGUGGCUCUUACCUGAUGGAAUCGCUGACCAAUGAGAUCUAUGAGUCUGCACUUAAAUUGAUCAACGAGAUAGAAGAUCUUGGUGGAAUGGCUAAAGCUGUUGCUUCUGGCAUGCCAAAACUAAAGAUAGAAGAAUGUGCUGCAAGAAGGCAGGCGAGAAUAGAUGGUGGAAAUGAGGUAAUUGUUGGUGUGAAUAAGUAUCGACUGAAGGAAGAAGAUAUAGUUGAUGUUUUAGCUAUUGAUAACACUAAAGUACGUGAAUCACAAAUUAAUCGCUUGAAAAUGGUUCGAGAAACACGAGACUCAGAUUUGGCUGACAGGUGUCUUGAGGACAUCACCAAAUGUUGUAAGUCUGGUGAUGGAAAUUUACUUGGACUUUCUAUUGAUGCUGCUCGUGCACGUUGUACUGUUGGAGAAAUAACAGAUGCCAUGGAAGAAGUAUUUGGCCGCCAUAUUGCCUCUGAUCGAUUAGUCAGUGGUGCUUACAAGACAGAAUAUAGUGAAAUGGAUGAGAUCAGGAAUGUGAUAAACAGAGUUAAUAACAUUUUUAUUCAAUACUGUAUAGACAGUCAGUUAGUCAUUAUAUCUUCAUUGUCUUCUGUUCUCUUUCAACAGACACCGAGAGAAGCUGCACAGCAAGCUAUUGAUGCUGACGUCCAUAUAGUUGGAGUUAGUUCCCUUGCAGCUGGUCACAAAACUUUGAUUCCACAACUCAUUAAAGAAUUGAAAAAUUUACAAAGACCAGAUAUAAUUGUUGUUGCUGGAGGUGUGAUUCCCCCACAGGAUUAUAAAGAGCUGAUGGACUGUGGGUGUGCUGCAAUAUUUGGCCCAGGAACUAGAAUAACUGAUGCUGCUCUGAAUCUCUUGGAUUGUCUUGAAAAUUAGGUGCCAUCUUAUCAGAAAGGUGUCGGGGCAGAAUAAAUAUUACUCUUUAGUUGUCAUGUUUCUGUUGUGAACACUGUGUCCUUUACUCAAUAUAUGACAUAUACAUGUAAUAUAUGACAUAACUCUAAUAUAUGGCAUAUAUUGAUGAAGUUCUGAUGCAAUUUGAGUAAUUAUUUUUCUUGUUUUAGUGUGUUCUUCCACUAACAAUCAAUUUGAGGAAAUAUAUUGUAUGAUGUAAAGAAAUAUUCCUCUACAAGAAGACUGACUUCAGUAUAUAAAUGAUUUUAAUUUUCAAUGAAA